CCAUGUUAACCUCUCCAUAAAUGUUAACCAUUAAAAACAAAAACCUGAAAAAGGUGAAGGAUUAAGUCAUGGGUUAUUUGGAAGAAGAAAGUUCCAAAAAGAGACAGGAAGUAUAAAGGCCCUGAGGCAGAAGCCUACCUGGCAUAUUAAAACAAACCAGCCAACCACCAAGGAACCUCUUGUGGCUGAGCAGAGAGUGGAGUGUGGGAGGAGAUGGUUCCAAGAGGUAAUGGCCACAGAGGGGGACAGUGUAGCUUUACAGGCUAUUGUAAGGGCUUUGGCUUUUACUGAAUGAGAGGGAAGCCACUGGAAAAUUUUGACCAGAGAGAGAUAACAUCUGACCUACAUUCUCAAAUGACUGUUCCAGCUGCUGCGCUGCAGAUGGGCUGAAGGAGGACAAGGUCAAACACAGAGCACCAUUCAGGAGGCUAUUCCAACAAUCCAGUCAAGAGGUGACUUCGGGAUGUAGCCUGCCCCUCCCGGCAUUCCGAAGGCGACCUCGAGGACCCCGCCUGCAGAAUAAGGUCCAGCUGGGAGGAAACUUGCUUGCUUCGCCCCUCCUUGUGCAAAUGACUCGAGCUUAUUCCCAUGGCAUUCUGGUAUGCCAGGAACCAAGAAUAAAAUGAUCAAAGGCUGUAAAGCUGACAUAAAAUAGGAAGCUCGUCAGACAAGAAAAGUCCUACUGGGGAAGGCAAAGGAUGGAAAAUAAGGCGAAGCAUUGUUUUAUUAUAGCAGCAGGCCUUUGAAAUUUAACUAAAAAAAAAAAAAAAAUGACUGCUCUUACCUCAGAGAACUGCUCUUUUCAGUACCAGCUACAUCAAACAAAUCAUCUCCUUGAUGGUAACUGUCUUUUAUUCGUGAUUAUACUUGGGAAAAUAUUAUUAAAUAUCCUCACACUAGGAAUGAGAAGAAAAAACACCCAUCAAAAUUUUAUGGACUAUUUUUGCAUUUCACUAGCAUUCAUUGAUCUUUUACUUUUGGUAAACAUCUCCAUUAUAUCUUAUUUCAGGGAUUUUGUGCUUUUAGGUGUUAGGUUUACUAAAUACCACAUCUGCCUAUUUACUCAAAUUAUUUCUUUUACUUAUGGCUUUCUGCAUUAUCCAGUUUUCCUGACAGCUUCUAUAGAUUAUUACCUGAAUUUCUCUAAAACCACCAGGCUUCCCUUUAAGUGUCAAAAAUUAUUUUAUUUCUUUACAGUUAUUUUAAUUUGGGUUUCAGUCUUUGCUUAUGUUUUAGGAGAUCCAGCUAUCUACCAAAGCCUGAAGGUACAGAAUGCUUAUUCUUAUCAAUGUCCUUUCUACAUUAGCAUUCAGAGUUACUGGCUGUCAUUUUCCAUGGUGAUAAUUUUAUUUAUGGCUUUUAUAACCUCUUGGUCAGAAGUUACUACCUUGGUACAGGCUAUUAGGAUAACUUCCUACAUGAAUGAGACUAUCCUGUAUUUUCCCUUUUCAUCCCACCCAAGUUAUACUAUAAGCUCUAAAAAAACACUCUUGCCCAAGUUCAUUAUCUGUUUUCUUGGUACCUGGUUACCAUUUGUACUACUACAGGUAAUUAUCCUUUUAUUUAAAGUACAGAUUCCAGCAUACAUCGAGAUGAACAUUCCGUGGUUGUACUUUGUCAAUAGUUUCCUCAUUGCUACAGUUUAUUGGUUUAAUUGUCACAAACUUAAUUUUAGAGACAUGGCAUUGCCUGUAGAUCCAUUUGUCAACUGGAAAUGCUGCUUCAUUCCACUUACAAUUCAUAAUCUUGAGCAAAUUGAAAAGCCUAUAUCAAUAACUGUUGAUAUGGUGCCAUGUUAAUACUAAAACUUAACAGCUAUAAGAAGCAGAAUUUUACAAAUGGUAAAGAAUGAUGACUUGGACAUAUAAAGAAUGAACUAAACUUAAGCUUCCCUACUCUGCCCCACCCCCAAACUUUCAUACGUUUUCACAGUGUGUCAUUUGGGGGCUAUGAUAUUUAUUAGGUUGGUUGGUUGGUUUUAAACAAAACACUUCCAACAAAAAAAUUUUAUACCUGUUGGCCAUACUGAUGUUUGUGUUAUCCAAAAAACUGUUAUGUAAAUCUGAGAUUCACUGUCAACAUUUCAGAUACAAGCUUAAACAUUUUUAUUAAACUCAGGGCAAGAAAGUCAGGAUCAUAUUCUUUAACAUUAGGGGAAAGAUUAGUUCUAUUUAAAUUUAGCUAAUUAAAAAAUAUAUAUUUCUGUUCUUAAUGCAAAUAUUCCAAAAGAAAAGUUUUGUUGCUUACCUUUCAGUAGUGACUAGGUCUCUUCCAUGACAUACCAGAUUCAUUUCCAGUUGUAACACACCUGGCACAUAUUUACAUAAUCACACAGGCAACGUAUCACAGUGUGAACGUACAGUUUCUUAUCCUGAGCACUACUGACAUUUAGGUUGGAUAAUACUUUGCUGUGGGGACUGCUGCCCUGUGUGUUGUAGCAUGUUGAGCAGCAUCUCUGCCCUCUGGCCACUAGAUGCCAGUAGAACUUCCUUCCCCAGUCAUUACAAUCAAAAUGUUUCCAGGGGAGGGUACAGCUCAGUGGUAGAGUGCAUGCUUAGCAUGCAUGAGGUCCUGUAUUCAAUUCUCAUUUAAAAAAAAAAAAAAAAAAGUUUCCAGAAAUUCCCGUAUUUCCCUUGGUGGGCAAAAUUGUCCUCGGUUGAGAACAACUGGAGUGAAGCAGUAUGAAUGACAGAAUCAUCUGAAAUCACUGAGUUAAACUACAUAGAUGUUUAAUUUGUCAAAGUCCAAGCCUGCUGUACUUCUCUGUGUUACUUUCCUUCUGAAUGUAUUGCUUUCUAAUUGGCCACACAUGGAACUCAGGGAUUAAAAAUAUAUUUUACUUAAUUAGUAAAGACUUAUACUCUGCAAGAUUUUAAAUCCAGAAAAUUUAUUUCAAGCCCUUCCUUAAGCUGUUUGUUUAGUUAGAUUCCCCAUGCCUCGUAAAGAAAAAAAGAAAUUAUUCAAUAGACCAGCCAAAUGGAAGAAGCUUUUAUUUGUAAAGAAAUGAACUUACAACUGGUCUACAAUAUAUUAUUGCAAUAUAAACAAUAUAAAUAAAUGAUCCUGUAGGCCCACUAACCUUCCAUCCAGACCCACAUGAAGCAAUGUUACAACAAUAUUCUAUGUGAAAAUGUGCAGGUAACAAAGGUGCAAUUACAAGCAAGUUUAAGCAGCAGAGUAUAAGGUGCUUUACUUUAACAGUUAAUGUUGCCAUCAACAAACAUUUGAAUGUUCAAUUUUACUUCACUGAAUACAGACACAACAAAUAUGAAAAUCUAAAAUUCAUACACAUGCUACUUGUUAAUAUGAAAGUGCUUUCUUUUUUAAAAAAAUACACCAAAUGGACAAUCUUUUUACAUAGAUCAUGGUGUGCUCUUAUAAUGCAAAAAUUAACUUCAUUUUCAGGUUAUACAUUUUAAAACAGUAGCUACAGACACCAAUCUAGUAAUGCUAAUGCUAAGAGUGCUAAAACUAUCUCAUUUCCCAUAAGGAGGACUCUAGUACAAUAUCCAACAUAAAGAAUACAUCUAUAUAUAAUCUUAACAUUUGUUUUUUGUAAAGAUAAAAAAUGUUUUCUUUCCCCUUGGUGAUGCUUUGUUCAUCCUGGGUGGAUCAGUGUUUGAGGUUUUAAUAAUAUGAAAGUCCUAUUUAGGACAAUGGGAGGAACCAAAAGGAGGAAUUAAAAAAAAAAAAACCAGUUAACAUUUGCUUAAAGCAACAAAACUAAAUUUUUUUUAAAGUUUAUCACAAUUUGCUUUUGUUAACAAAAAAAAAAAAAAGUUUUCAACGCAAGACGACAAAAAGCACUAAUGCAACAAAGAGGCCUGAAAUGCCUGAUGUCAGUGUGAGUAUCCAUCCUGCACACUGCUGUCCACAACUCCAACCUUCACAAACUCACCCCUUACUCUGAGGAUAGUUUUUGGAGCUUGUUUUUUUUUUUUUUUUCCUAUGGGAAUAACAAAAACACCACGCUUUUGAAUGAGACGGGAAUCUAGUUAAAUGUGUUGGAUAUUAGAUGUCCAAAAUUAUACUAUCUAUGCACACUCCCACUGAUUUUUUUAAACUUUAAGAAUACACAUACAAAAGGUAUGUAAUAGAUAUUUUAACAGCAUAAAAUAUUUGAAAAACUAGGUAAAUUAAAAUAUUUUAAAAGUAUUAGCCAGUACCAUGGAAAAAUUUUUUUAAACCCAGACUAUCUGGUUACUUGUAUGUUAGUGUUUCUCUUUACAGUUUAUUAUAGAUUCUAAUCUAACACUUUCCUGCUUUAAAAAGCUGUCACUGUGAUGCAUAAAAGAUCUUUUUAAUAUAUUUUCAUUUUGUGUCUUUAUGGAGAAUGUUAGUAUCAAGUGGAUGUUAAUAUAUAAAGUUGUGUCAAUAGGAAUUACAGUGUAAUUCAUAGAAUCCCUGGGCAGCCAGGGAGCUUCUACCCAAUCAAUUCUCCCGUUCUGUUUACUCCCCAAAACUUGUCAGUUUCAAGCUCCAAGCAUGGAACUAUUUUGUUUACCAGUUCUGCAUGUUAAAGGAAACCCUUUAACUAUGUAAUACGUGUGUGCUUUCUAAAAAGUGUAUUAUUUGUAAUACUACUAAAAUUUUAUGUAAUCUUUCUUGCUUUGAAAAGAAACAAACAAUAAAAACCAAACCUGUUCAGUGA